GGCCUUCAGAAGGCACACCAGCGUGUUCACUCAGGAGAGAAGCCGUACCACUGUGACCAGUGUGGGAAGAGCUUCAGUCGGUCAGGACACUUAGAGGAACACCAGCGUGUUCACUCAGGAGAGAAGCCGUACGACUGUGACCAGUGUGGGAAGAGCUUCAGUCAGUCAGGACACUUAGAGGAACACCAGCGUGUUCACUCAGGAGAGAAGCCGUACCACUGUGACCAGUGUGGGAAGAGCUUCAGUUAUUCAGGAAACUUAAAGACACACCAGCGUGUUCACUCAGGAGAGAAGCCGUACGACUGUGACCAGUGUGGGAAGAGCUUCAGUCAGUCAGGACACUUAGAGGAACACCAGCGUGUUCACUCAGGAGAGAAGCCGUACCACUGUGACCAGUGUGAGAAGAGCUUCAGUCAUUCAGGAAACUUAAAGACACACCAGCGUGUUCACUCAGGAGAGAAGCCGUACGACUGUGACCAGUGUGGGAAGAGCUUCAGUCGUUUAGGAAGCUUAAAUAUACACCAGUGUGUUCACUCAGGAGAGAAGCCGUACCAUUGUGAUCAGUGUGGGAAGAGCUUCAGUCUGUCAGGAGUCUUAAAGAGACACCAGCGUGUUCACUCGGGAGCGAAGCCGUACCACUGUGACCAGUGUGGGAAGAGCUUCAGUCGGUCAGAACACUUAGAGGAACACCAGCGUGUUCACUCAGGAGAGAAACCGUACCACUGUGAUCAGUGUGGGAAGAGCUUCAGUCAGUCAGGAAACUUAGAGAAACACCAGCGUGUUCACUCUGGAGAAAAGCCGUACCACUGUGACCAGUGUGGGAAGAGCUUCAGUCAUUCAGGAAACUUAAUGACACACCAGCGUGUUCACUCAGGAGAGAAGCCGUACCACUGUGACCAGUGUGGGAAGAGCUUCAGUCAGUCAGGAAGUUUAGAGAUACACCAGCGUGUUCACUCAGGAGAGAAGCCGUACCACUGUGACCAGUGUGGGAAGAACUUUAGUUGUUCAGGAGCCUUAAAGACACACCAGUGUGUUCACUCAGGAGAGAAGCCGUACCACUGUGACCAGUGUGGGAAGAGCUUUAGUCGGUCAGGAGACUUAAAGACACACCAGCGUGUUCACUCAGGAGAGAAGCCGUACCACUGUGACCAGUGUGGGAAGAGCUUCAGUCGAUCAGGAAGCUUAGAGACACACUUUUGUUCUGGCAAGACUAAAUAUCCUGAUCUCUAGAUCUCACUUAAUAAUUAAACAUGUAUGAACAUAGGAAAUAUAUGUAUUUGUAUUCAUUAUUUAAAGUAUACAGUAAUGUACUGUAAAGAUGUUUGAUUCAUACCAAAAAUGUAUAUUGUAGCCUUUAUAAAUGUAAAGAUAAAAUACAGGCUAUGUGCAAUUGUUUCAUUGUGUAUUAAUAAUUUUAUAAUUUCAUUCUGUAAGACUUGAUAUGUACUGUAUUUUACGUAUGAGAAUAAACUUAAAUAACAUGCUA